UAUGUUUUUUAAAGUAUCAAAGAUGGCGGACAUGUUAGGGAAGCCGGCUUUUCCAGUGGUUUUAUUGUCACUUUUUGUGCAUUGUAUAAAUGCAGCAAGUAAUGAUGCAUUCUAUGAAGAACUAUUUAUUAAAUCUUUGGAGAAAGGAAAUGUAUUGAAUCACUUCCAAUUCACAACAAUUUGGAAUUCGUCUAUUUCCGAGGAAGAAACAUUUCAACACUACAAUUUAUUUCCAAAGGCUUUAGGAGAUGUAUUGAAUAGAUAUAAAGUUCAAGAGCUGCACCUGUCUCAAACACAGGGGGUGUGGAAACAUGAGCAUUGGGGUUACCCUCCAGAAGAUGCCCCGCCUGGGGUGGAACUAUGGGUGUGGUUUCAACCGCAUUAUGGACUCAUUGAUCAAGUAUGGGCAGAAUUAGUGAACGCUUUGUCAGGUUUAUUCUGUGCGUCCUUGAACUUCAUGGACUCGAAGGCCACGGUCAUACCACGAUGGAGCUUCAGGCCUAUGGGUCUUGCAUCAGAGUAUUACAGUUUUGACUCAAGAUUCAUACGGUACUCGGCACUUCCUAAAGAAAUUGUCUGUACAGAGAAUCUUAUACCUUGGGAAAAACUGCUAGCUUGUGAAUCUCAGGCUGGUUUAGCUACUUUGUUUAAUGCCGUGAGAUUGUAUGAUGCCAGUUAUCACUCUCUAGGCCUGCAUGUCAGGCCUGUAUGUCAGGACAAAGAGUGCACACUGGCUGGUAUAGAAUUAAAGCAAACCCUAACAGUUGUAUUCAACCCCACAUCAUCAAAUAGAGGGAAACUGAAUGGAUACCAAAAUUGGAGUAUAAAGUCAAUGUUUGGUAGGAGCAUACAUGAAGCGUGUCCCAUGUCUAGUUUUAGUAAAGUUUAUGUUGACAAUACUUUACAUAAAGAGAUGUUAUUACAUCCCGAACCAGACCAAGUUACGGUUUUAGAAAAGGGUGGUAUACACCAUCUACAUAACACAUGGACACAGAAUCUGACCGUUGAUUACUCUCAUACACUUAGAGGCUACAAACCAGUAAAACCUUAUAAGACACAUUUUAUCCCUGGCAAGGACAGAAGUCGUCCAUACCAACUUGAAUUAGUGUUCAGGCUACGUGCUUUGUCAGUAACAAAGAUCAGCAUGGAGUUUGAUCGAGCUUUCCUCAAGUGGACCGAAUACCCUCCGGAUGCUAACCAUGGGUUUUAUGUUAAUUCUGCUAUUAUAUCAACCAUAUUACCCAGUGGGCAACAGUUCACUGCAGUGCCUCAAAAUUCUUCAACAUUUGAAGAAAGUAUGAUAGACAAGUCGAGUGAUUUUUUUCUGAGGAUUCACACAGAGAGUUUGCUCGUCUCACUGCCGACGCCAGACUUUAGUAUGCCGUACAACGUCAUAUGUUUGGCGUGCACGGUGGUCGCCAUAGCAUUCGGUUCCCUGCACAAUCUCACAACACGGAGAUUUGUUGUCAUGGACCCAGACAAGAAAAAAGACAACCCUUUACAAAAGCUUAAAAAAUUGCUAAGCAGGAAGAAAGCAAGUGAUACUGAUGAUAAAGAUGAAAAAGAGAAAAAUGACGAUUCUGUGAAUGAUGAUAUAGACAAGGAUAAAUUAAGUGAAGGAAACGAUUCAGAAAGUGAUCAGAAAAAUGACGAAAGUAAAAAGACUAAAACCAAAGCUAAAAGGAAGGAUAUUGUUGGGAAGACUUGAUACCAUUGCAGAAAGUCUAGUCAAUUUUUUUUGUAAUUUAAAGUUAAAAGUCGUUUUCAGGUAAUAUGAACAAAAUCGCAUUUAGAUAAUUAUAUAAAGAGAAUUGAAUUUGUCAAUGCCUUUGUCAGCACAUCUGAUGUGUAAUUGUGUAUCUAGAUUAUUGUACAGUAACUAUGGUUUUCUUGCUACGCGACGACCAAACCUGUAUACUUUCAACUAAUUCUGUCCGUGCAAUCAGUGCAGACUGGCGAUCAACUGGCCAGAUUCAUGCUGUCUGAUCACAGUCUGCACUGUUUUGCUAUUAGUUUCUACAUUUUAUGAAAUGUUCUCUUGAAAUGAUGAAUGGUUAUGUCCUGAAUGAAAGAUGGACAAGUCCAUUUUAGAUAUUUAGGGUGGUAAGGGUUAAAUUAUGAGAUGAGAGGGAAAAGGUAACUGAGAUAAUGAGCUUACAAGAUCAAAAUAUAUAAGUUUUUGAUAUCUCCUUGAUAAAUUGGAAAUAUUUGUGGAUUUUAUGGAGUUGUUAGCUCAACUAUUCAAUCAAAGGUGGCAUUAUCCAGGUCACGCCUGUGUUAAUGCAUUAACUGUUUAGGUAUUAUGUGUAACUUCUUAUCUCAAUAAACUGCUGAACGUUCUGUCAAAGGUGCAUACAUGUACUUGGGAUUAUAAUUAUAGGUCACUUGAUCAAGAACUACUAGUAUGACAUGGAUUUUGACUUAACUGUAGCCAUUUGUGAACUUUAAACAUUCCUGAAUCACCCUAGUUUUAUUAUUCAACACUGAUAAUUAUAGCUCAGUGUACUGUCCAUCACACAGGUUCACAGCUCAUGUUGUACAAGUUUGUACAUUUCCUUUUCUGAAUUAAGUAAUGAUUGAGGAGAAAAUCAGACUGUAAUUCUGUGAUACCAAUAAAAGACAUUGAUAUGGACAUUGAUUAUUAUAUAUAUUGUAUAAGGUAUCCAGAUAGUUAAUUUUGGGGGAUGAACUAUCAGGUUAUAGCCAGAUCAGCCUGUGAUUACCAGCAAAAAGAUGUUAUUUGAUUAGUUCAGUUAUGAUAAUAUAUUUCACGGAACGAGCACCAAAAGGCACAGCCACGCUAAAUAUGAACUUUUGGUGUUUCACUUAAGUAAACAAAUUUUCUUUUUAUUAUAUGCAAAGAAACAUUUAAAAAAAACAUUUUAACCUAAAACUAAAUGAAAAGCGCAUCAAAUAAUAAUACAACGUGACGUCAUUUACGAUAUCAUGUCAUUAAGUUAGUUUUCAGUACUGUGCAAGCUGGUAUUUCACUGCAACAACGUAACAGGCUUAAAUUCAAAACAGUGAAAAAUAUCAAAUUGAUAUUUUCGCUGUUUCAAACGGUGAAAAUUCAGCUUUAUAUUUCACUGAUACAUUUCGAUAAACCAUCGAAAAGCAUGUGAUAACAGGCAAUAUAUUAGAAAUAGACAAAAUUAUGUAACUCAUUUUAUUUCAUACCCUUUGAAUUAUAAUAAUAUGGUGUGUUUUAUUUGUGAAGCAUAUCGUUAUAUUGUAUUACAUGCUACAUGUAUUGUAUUACAUGUUCCAUGUAUUGAAUUACAUGCUACAUGUAUUGUAUUACAUGCUACAUGUAUUGUAUUACAUGCUACAUGUAUUGAAUUACAUGCUACAUGUAUUGUAUCACAUGCUACAUGUAUUGAAUUACAUGCUACAUGUAUUGUAUUACAUGCUACAUGUAUUGUAUUACAUGCUACAUGUAUCUAAAACAAAUUCAAUUUUACACAUUUCCUUUCUAAGAAUGGAAUACCAUGUUUAUUACUAUUGACAAUUAUAGUUUUGAUCUGAUAAGUUACAUUUGUAACUUUUGCUGUCAUUAUUUGCUGAAUAUGGUUUUAUUUGUAUAUUCAGUUGUGUGGCCUGAUUGAAAUAGUUUUGAGAAAUCAUGUGAGUAAUUAUAAAGUUAAUCCAUUUGAAGGAAGAUUUCAUUGACCUGUAACAGACUUUUUAUGAUGUGUUCAAUAGACUUUUUUGUAAUGUAUUCACAUAUUUCAGAAAUUUAUUUCUGAGAAUAUUUCUUAAUUCUCAUUUGCAUAUUGGCUGUUUAAGUGCCCCAGCUGAUUUAAGUAAGAAAUUCGAAUUUUAUGUAUUUUGGCUAUUUUACAACAUUUGAGUUUGAGAAAUUGACAAAAAUCCUGGUAAUUUUUGGACGGCUUUUGUCCGGGAGGGCUUUUGUCCUACACUCUUUAAGUUCCUGUUCAUUUGAUAAUGAGCAUAGUUAACAGGUGCAUAUUUUUCAAUAUUGUUCUCUUUUUUUUCAUCAGCAGUUUUUUUAUUUCAUUUUUUUGUAGAUUUGAAUUAUAUGUGUGAUUAGAAACCUGUGUUGUUUUGUCCUUUGUUGAUAACAUAUUUUGUAUUGUUAAUAUUUUUGUGUUGUUCCUAAAAAUAUAAAUAUUCUGUUCUUAGAAGUUUGCUUUUGAACAAAUCAGUUUAUUUUUGUAAUAGGUAUUCAGCCAAGCUAGUUAAAUAUUGUAUCUUAUUUGCAAUGUUAGAUAAUAAAGUGCAAUUAUGCAAUGAGAACGGUGACCCCAAUUUUUUUCCAUUUAAAAUGUUUCUGUUAUCAUAUUCUAACAACAUGCCAAGUUGAAAGAAAUUCUAUUGAACAGUUUUAAUUUUGCCUAUAUGUCUAUAUGAAAACUCCCGAAAACCUCCUUAAAUGCUGCUGAAUAAGGUGUAACAAUGUAGGUAGAACGUCAUAAAAUUCAUACCGCCUCUGUGGUCGAGGGGUUAGAGUCGAUGACUUCUAAUCCAGUUACCUCUCUGGCGUGGGUUCGAUCCCCGGGAGAUGCUUUGGUAGUUUAGCGCGGAGGAAGGUUGUCUAGUACUGGUGUAACUCUCCAGGAACGAUGGUUAGGAAACUACCCGCCUAUAUGACUGAAAUAAUGUUGGAUAAAGGCGUAAAAUGAAACAAACAAACAAACAAACAAA